AUGGAUUUAAGCGAGCUCGAGGAAAAUUUGUUCGCGGCUAGCGAUGCCAAGUUACAUAGAGAUAUGUGCAAGGAGCUGUCUGCAGUUUAUUGCAAAGUACUGUCGAUAUUCCCAUCCUUGGAAGAAGCAAGACCUCGGAGUAAAUCAGGGAUUCAAGCCUUGUGCUCCUUACAUAUCGCUCUCGAGAAGGCAAAGAACAUUCUCCAACACUGUUCUGAGUGUAGCAAACUUUACUUGGCCAUAACUGGUGAUGCUGUUCUCUUAAAGUUUGAGAAAGCCAAAUCUGCACUUAUAGACAGUCUAAAACGCGUGGAGGACAUUGUUCCUAGCUCAAUUGGCUCUCAGAUAUUGGACAUUGUUGGUGAGCUAGAGCACACCAAGUUCUUGCUUGAUCCAUCAGAGAAAGAAGUCGGCGACCGGAUCAUCGCACUGUUGCAACAAGGCAAGAAGUUUGACAACUGCAGUGACAACGCCGAGCUUGAGAUCUUUCACCAGGCAGCUACUAGGCUCAGCAUAACCUCUUCAAGAUCAGCUCUAGCGGAGAGGCGUGCUUUGAAGAAACUCAUCGACAGGGCACGUGUGGAAGAAGACAAGCGUAAAGAGUCGAUUGUGGCUUACCUCUUGCAUCUCAUGAGAAAAUACUCAAAGCUAUUCAGAAGUGAGAUCAUGGAUGAGAAUGACUCUCAAGGUUCACCGCCAUGUUCCCCAACUGGUAACGAAGAUCGUACUCAAGCGUUUGGGCGUCAACUGUCUAAGUUUGGUUCUAUUAACUUCAAGCCAGUGAACAGUAGGAGAUCAGGAGGACAGACGCCCACUCCACCGGAAGAGCUGAGGUGUCCCAUAUCUUUGCAGCUUAUGUGUGAUCCUGUCAUUAUUGCUUCUGGACAGACUUACGAACGUGUCUGUAUCGAGAAAUGGUUCGGCGAUGGACACAACUCUUGCCCCAAGACUCAGCAGCAGCUCCCACAUCUUUCCCUGACUCCAAACUACUGUGUUAAAGGUCUGGUUGCGAGCUGGUGUGAGCAGAAUGGGAUCACAGUCCCUACUGGACCACCAGAGUCUCUCGACCUCAACUACUGGAGACUAGCCCUGUCUGAUUCUGAAUCCAACAAUUCAAAGUCUGUUAAAAUCGUUCCUUUGGAGGAGAGUAGUAGUAUUGUUUCGGAAGGACAAGACAAAGAAGAAAACAAUGCGCCUGAUUCUGAUAUCAAUGUUCUAGAGAGGUAUCAGGAUAUAUUGGCAAUCUUGGACAAAGAGGAGGACUUGGCUAAAAAAUGCAAAGUUAUGGAAAAUGUCAGGCUAUUGCUAAAGGAUGAUGAAGAGGCCAGGAUCCUCAUGGGAGCCAAUGGGUUCGUUGAAGCCUUUCUGCGGUUUCUAGAAUCAGCUGUUCACCAAAACAACGCAGCUGCACAGGAAACUGCAGCUAUGGCUCUGUUUAACUUAGCAGUCAACAACAACAGGAACAAAGAGCUGAUGCUAACUUCAGGAGUCAUCCCACUGCUGGAGAAGAUGAUCUCUUGUUCCCACUCCCAAGGGCCAGCAACUGCGUUAUAUCUAAACCUCUCCUGCCUCGAGAAAGCCAAGCCAGUGAUUGGCUCAAGCCAAGCAGUUCCCAUUUUCGUAAACCUCCUUCUUCAAGGGGAAAAAACCGAAACCCAAUGCAAACUUGACGCACUUCACGCCCUCUACAACCUCUCCACACACUCACCCAACGUUCCCACUCUCCUCUCAUCAAACAUAAUCAAAAGCCUCCAAGUUCUUGCGUCAACAGGUGACCACUUGUGGAUAGAGAAGUCAUUAGCCGUGUUACUAAACCUAGCCACUAGCAAGGAAGGGAAAGAAGAGAUGAUAUCAUCACAAGGCAUGAUCACCACUCUCGCAACGGUGCUAGACAUCGGUGACACGGUGGAGCAAGAGCAAGCCGUUUCUUGCCUUGUGAUCUUAUGCUCCGGAAGCGAGUCUUGCAUCCAGAUGGUGCUGCAAGAAGGAGUGAUUCCGUCUCUGGUUUCGAUCUCGGUGAACGGAAGUCCGAGAGGGAGAGACAAGUCGCAGAAGCUUCUGAUGAUGUUCAGGGAGCAACGGCAGCGAGAACAGGCGUCGCCGAACAGAGAUGAUGCUCCGAGGAAAAGCGUAUCGGCACCGUUGCCGAUGUCUGUACCUGGGGCAGCUUCAGUAAAGAGUGGGCCCCACCAACAUCUCUGCCACCGUCGUCUCUGCGCGGCGUCUCCGUCGUCGCUGUCUUCGAAUCGUUUCCUAAAACCCAAUCAAAAGGGGCUGAAACCAGGCUUCUCGGCCAUGGCAUUUCUAGGGCUGAUUAAGAGGGUUACCAGAACAAGCAGACACAAUUGGAGGGUCAGAGAGUACCCAUUCCAAAGAAGGGAGCUUUCAAACGCAAGCUCCUUUCAUGGUGAAGAUGCUAAGCUUCCUGUUCUGAUCGUCGGCGCUGGACCUGUAGGCCUCGUCUUAUCCAUCCUUCUCACCAAACUAGGGGUGAAAUGUGCUGUUGUGGACAAAUCCACAAGCUUCUCCAAACAUCCACAAGCACAUUUUAUCAACAACCGAUCUAUGGAGAUAUUCCGUAACUUGAAUGGAUUAGCUGAGGAGAUUGAAAGGUCACAGCCUCCUCUAGAUUUGUGGAGAAAGUUUAUAUACUGUACGUCUCUCUCCGGUUCAACUCUUGGCACAGUAGACCACAUGCAGCCUCAAGAUUUCGAGAAACUUGUCAGCCCUGCUUCAGUUGCUCACUUCUCACAGUACAAAUUGACAAGCUUGUUGCUUAAGCGGUUAAUAGACCUCGGCUUUCACGUUCCAAGUUACAAAGAGUCAGAUGGUCUUGAGCUUGACUCUGCUGUUGCGAGACAAAUUCUGAUGGGUCAUGAGUGUGUGGCGAUCAAUGCUAAUAACAAGGAAAGUGUUACCGCAACUGUUUCUUUUCUCAAAGGAGGCAAGUGUAUGAAAAGAGACAUUCAAUGUGGUAUACUGGUUGGUGCUGAUGGUGCUGGGAGCUCUGUAAGAAGGCUCACAGAAAUAGAAAUGCGAGGGGAAAGGGAUUUACAAAAGCUUAUUAGUGUCCAUUUCAUGAGCAGAGAGCUCGGUGAGUACUUGAUCAAGAGCAGACCAGGGAUGUUGUUUUUCAUUUUCAACACCGGAGGUAUAGGAGUUCUCGUUGCUCAUGAUCUUCAACAAGGAGAAUUUGUUUUGCAGAUUCCAUACUAUCCACCUCAGCAGAGUCUAUCUGAUUUCAGUCCUGAGAUGUGCAAGAUGCUGAUAUCCAACUUGGUGGGACAUGAGCUUUCAGACUUGGAUGUAGCUGAUAUUAAGCCAUGGAUCAUGCAUGCUGAAGUCGCCGAGAAAUUCAUGUGCUGUGAGAACAGAGUGAUACUUGCUGGUGAUGCUGCUCAUCGCUUCCCGCCUGCUGGAGGUUUUGGAAUGAACACUGGAAUUCAGGAUGCUCAUAAUCUUGCAUGGAAAAUAGCAGCUCUUGUUCAGGGUUCUGCAAAAUCUUCAAUUCUUAAUACCUAUGAAACAGAACGUAGGCCGAUUGCCCUAUUCAAUACUUCACUCAGUAUUCAGAACUUCAGAGCAGCUAUGUCGGUUCCUUCAGCGCUAGGCCUUGACCCAACAGUUUCAAACUCAGUUCACAGGUUUAUAAACAACACAGUCGGUUCCAUCCUUCCAACUGGGCUGCAAAAGGCAAUCUUGGAUAACGUCUUUGCACUAGGUCGUGCACAGCUUUCAGAAUCUCUGUUGAAUGAGAACAAUCCGCUGGGAAGUCAGAGACUUAGCAGACUAAAGAAUAUCUUCGAAGGAGGAAAAAGCCUUCAACUUCAGUUUCCAGCCGAGGAUCUUGGUUUCAGGUAUCUAGAGGGAGCCAUCGUUCCUGAUAACGAGUCUGAAGCUGGUGAUCCCAAAGUACCGAGUGGUCGUAGAAGAGACUAUGUUCCUUCUUCUGAACCAGGUUCAAGACUGCCCCAUAUGUACGUGAGAAUACUGUCAGAUUCCACAAGAGAGGCUGUUGUUUCAACACUAGAUCUUGUUUCGACAGAGAAAGUGGAGUUUCUACUCAUAAUAUCUCCAUUACAAGAGUCCUAUGAGCUAGCUCAUGCUACAUUCAAAAUGGCUAAAGAGCUUAUGGCUAAUGUAAAGGUAUGCGUGGUCUGGCCUAGUAGUAGCGACGAUGCUGUUGAAAGGGAAAGCAAAUCGGCAUUAGCUCCAUGGGAUAAUUAUGUCGACGUUAUGGAAGUUGGAAAACAAAAUGGUGAAGAUGCUUCUUGGUGGAAUAUUUGUAAAAUGUCGGAGAGAGGAUGUAUUUUAGUCCGUCCUGACCAACACAUUGGUUGGCGUGCGAAGUCUGGUGUGACUUCGGAUCCUACUCUGCACAUGAGAAAUGUCUUCUCCAUCAUUCUUGGUAAACAAUGA